CCUUCAAAGCUAACAAUAAAUUUAUUUUUCCUUAAAACAUCCAAAAAAACAAAGAAAAUAAAAGAAAUGCCCGAAACUCCCCCAUCACCUCUGAAUAAAAAUUGAUGGAGCUCUGGGUCAUAUUAAUCCUGGCCAUUGCGAUCCCCCUCUCCCUCCUCCUCUCCUCCCUCCUCCUCUUCCUCUUCCUCCGCCGCCGCCGCCGCACUCCAGCCUCCUCUACCCCUCCUCACCCCUCGAUUUCACCCCCGACACCAGACCCAGCUCCCCAAAAACCCCAGGGCUUCGUGUUCGCCGACAGAGCCUCGAUUCCUCGGUCCACGUCGUCUCCGCUGUGGGGCCUGUGCGCGUCCUGCGACGGUGGCCGGGCCAGGAACCAGCUGCGGGGAAGGGAAUCCCCUCCUCGUCCUCGGGAGCUUUGCAGCGCGGUCAGAAUGAACCCGUCGGGGGCGAACAACGAGCCCGUCUCCGUCCGCAUGAACCUGCCCUGCCGGGGCCCCAGCUGCACAGCAGCGUCGUUUCCUCGAGCCUACUUCGAACUUACCGUCUUGUACGUUAAGACGGCGGACCGGGCUUCGCGGGCCAGUAAGCGGGCCAGGGACGGCCGAAGAGCGAUGAUGGUGAGGACGAUCGGCCUGAAGUUGAUCGAGGGGGGUGCCCAGGGAGCGGGUGACGUCGCGGGUGACGGUGCUGUUGAAGGGAAGAGGUUUAAGAGCCCGUCGGCAUCAGCCGAAAGAAAGCACAAGAAUUCCGUCGUCUCUUUGGGUUUCAUGGUCGGAGGAUCGCCGGUGACGAAUACGACGCCUGGGACUUAUCGGGGCUCUGUCGGGUUUCACUCCGAUGGCUCCGUUUAUCUUGACGGUCUAAAGCUGGUAACUGAGUCAGAAGAGAAUGCGGGUUGGGCGGGAGCCAACAGAACAAUCGGAUGCGGAUUCAAUCCGGUCAAGAAGAAGGUGUACUUCACAGUGGAUUCAGAACUGAAACAUGUGAUCAGAUGCACAUCCGACAUCUACGAAAACCCGUUAUACCCGAUCCUGUCAUCAAAUUCAGACACGAUGGUCUUAGUCAAUUUGGGUCAAUCUGCAUUCAAGUACGCACCAGCCAACGCCCAACGGAGCCCUAACCCGUGCUUUGCCCACGUAUCGCCCUAUCGUUACGAGGACAGCGGUGAGCUGUUUUCGUUGGCUAGGAUCGAUUCUGAGUGGAUGGACGGCAAUAAGAGGAGCAAGAAUAGUUGCAGGAGCAGCGGGAAUUGGGACGAUGCGAGUGUUGCUUUGGAUAUUGAUGGGGAGUCUGAUCUGUUUGAAAUUUCCUUGCAUAAUUGAUGAGGAGGGGUACAUGGUUUUGAUUCUUCUUAUGCUAACUAUAUGGCUACUAACGUGUUUAUUGAUUGUUAUACUGUGUUUUAAUUAACACGGUGUUAAGGGUUGAGCAGAGGAGAGAGAUUUGUUGUCGUAAGACUUGUAUAGCAUAGUUGUCACAGAUAACUUACUGUAUAGUUUACAUGAAGGGAUACUGGAUCUUGGAGGAAUUCGAGUUGUACAGUCUUAAACUUUCAGAGGAUAUGAGACAAU